AUGGAUUCCUUCUCCACCUUCACCUUGCUCUUCUUCCUUAUCCUCCUCCUCCCCGCCGCCCCCACGCACCAGCAACAACAACAACCUCCAUUCUCCUGCGGCGCACAAUCAAGCACCACAACCUCCUUACCCUUCUGCAACACCAAGCUACCCAUAACCCAAAGAGCCAAAGACCUCGUCUCCAGGCUGACCCUCGACGAGAAGAUCUCCCAGCUCGUGAACACCGCCCCUGCCGUCCCGCGGCUCGGCAUUCCGGCCUACGAGUGGUGGUCGGAGGCCCUACACGGCGUCGGAUGGGUUGGCAAAGGGAUCCACUUCAACGGCACCAUUUCCAAAGCCACCAGCUUCCCUCAAGUCAUCCUCACCGCCGCCUCUUUCGAUGCCUACCAGUGGUACCGCAUUGGCCAGGUGAUUGGGAAAGAGGCGAGAGCACUUUACAAUGGCGGGCAGGCUUCAGGGCUCACGUUUUGGGCUCCAAACAUCAACAUUUUUAGGGACCCAAGGUGGGGGAGAGGCCAGGAAACCCCAGGGGAGGAUCCUCUGGUUACUGGGAAGUAUGCCGUCUCGUAUGUGAGAGGGGUUCAAGGGGAUAGCUUCCAUGGCGGGAAGCUUACUGGGCAUCUGCAGGCUUCCGCUUGCUGCAAGCAUUUCACUGCCUAUGAUUUGGAUAACUGGAAGGGCGUCAAUCGCUUUGUGUUUGAUGCUCGUGUGACUAAACAAGAUUUAGCCGACACAUAUCAACCACCAUUCCAGAGCUGCGUUGAAGAAGGGAAAGCCAGCGGGAUAAUGUGUGCUUACAACAGAGUCAAUGGGGUUCCGAGCUGUGCAGAUUACAAUCUCCUUUCCAAAACUGCAAGAGGCCAAUGGGGAUUUCAUGGGUACAUAACAUCAGACUGUGAUGCUGUUUCCAUCAUCCAUGAUGCUCAAGGUUACGCUAAGCAACCAGAGGAUGCUGUUGCCGACGUUCUUAAAGCUGGGAUGGACUUGGACUGUGGAUUAUACUUGCAGCAGCACAGUAAAAGCGCAGUAGAGCAGGGGAAAUUACCUGUAUCCCAAAUAGACAGAGCACUUCAUAACCUCUUUGCCUUAAGAAUGAGGCUCGGCCUCUUCAAUGGCGACCCAAAGGAACAGCUUUUCGGCAACAUUGGUCCGGACCAAGUCUGUUCACAAGAGCAUCAGAUGCUAGCACUUGAAGCCGCACGUAAUGGCAUUGUUCUCCUCAAGAACUCAGCUAGACUCCUCCCUCUCCGGAAAUCCCAGAUCAAGUCUCUCGCAGUGAUCGGCCCAAAUGCCAACUCGGGGCAAACCUUGCUUGGAAACUACGCUGGACCACCGUGCAAGUUGGUUACCCCGUUGCAGGGACUUCAGGGCUAUGUUAAGGACACAACUUAUGUCCAGGGCUGUGAUAGUGUUCGAUGCUCGUCAGCUGAAGUUGAUCGAGCCGUGGAGGUAGCCAAAGGUGUUGAUCAUGUGGUGCUGGUGAUGGGGUUAGAUCAAUCGGUAGAGAGGGAAGAGCUCGAUCGCGUGGACCUGGUGCUUCCUGGGAGGCAACAAGAACUCGUCACCAAGGUGGCGAGAGCUGCAAAGAAUCCAAUCGUCCUCGUGCUUCUCUCUGGAGGUCCAGUCGAUGUUUCAUUUGCCAAGUAUGAUAAGAAGAUAGGAAGCAUUCUGUGGGGUGGUUACCCUGGUGAAGCUGGCGGGACUGCACUUGCUGAAAUCAUAUUUGGUGAUCACAAUCCAGGAGGGAGGCUGCCAGUUACUUGGUACCCACAAGAGUUUGUGAAUGUACCAAUGACAGACAUGCGAAUGCGUCCUGAAUCAUCUUCGAGCUACCCUGGCCGAACCUACAGGUUCUACAAAGGCCACAGCGUGUUUGAGUUCGGUCAUGGCCUCAGCUUCUCCAAGUAUUCCUACGAGCUGAAGCACGUCUCGCAGGACAAGCUCUUCCUGAACCAGUCCACCUCAACAAAGCAAGCAGCAAUCGACGAGUCAGGUUCAGUUCGUUCGACACUGGUUUCCAGCGUUGGAGCAGACUUCUGCGAGCAAAGCAAGUUCCAGACCAGAGUUGGGGUGGAGAACCAUGGUGAGAUGGCUGGCAAGCAUCCCGUGCUGCUGUUUGCUAGGCAGUCGAGGCAUGGAGAUGGAAGGCCCAGAAAACAGCUGGUGGGGUUCAAGAGCGUGGUGCUCAGCGCGGGAGAGAAGGCGGAGGUCGAAUUCGAGGUGAGCCCUUGUGAGCAUUUCAGCAGAGCUAAUGAAGAUGGUGAGCUGAUGAUGGAAGAAGGUACUCAUUUCUUGAGUGUGGGAGGUGAUAAGUACCCAAUUUCCUUGGUACUAUGA